GAGGCAGUUCCGCACUCUCGGGCCAGAAUCGCGAAUCAUGCAAGGGCGAUAUCCUCCAGUUGCUUUCUUGCUCGCUGACCGCUGCAGCCAGACAGUUUCAAGUUGGCAGCCCCCAAGGCAGUGAAAAUGCCCGGCAUGCUGUUGGCUCUGUGUUGCAGCCAUGUGCAUGUACGACAAGAGCGCCCCUUCACGGCGUCGCUUGAAAGGGGCCCCUAACCCCAUUCAGCCUUCCAUCUUCCACCGAACAAUGAUAGUCACACCAACAUCCGCCUUUGGCCUCACUUGAGUCUCCCAGCAUUCAUCAUCCCGGCGAUGACAUGGAGCCCGAGAUCAAGCAGGCGACCCAGCUCCUCCAAGCCCAGCGGGCUGUCGACCGCGACGGACAACCCCUCUCAUGGGUCCGGAACCGCCUGUCGUCCCAGGCCGGGACUGUAUACACGGCUCGGGAGGUAAACAAAGUACUCUCGGAGGUUGUCGAAUCCGAUGGUUCGCUCGGUGUGGUGAAGGCACUCCUGGCCCUGGGGGCCGACGUCAACUUCGUCCGCCGGAGACACUCCACCACUUGGAACAAAAUCACCCAACGCAACAUGCCCGGGGAGCGAAACAACAUCCUCCUCCGAGCCGUUAUCCGGUGUCGACCCGAGACUGUCCAUGCAAUCGCUGCCCACGCCGACCAAUCUAAUCUUGACAGCGUUCUCCACGAAGCGAUAGUCAGGGGUAACUUGGCAGUUGUGGCUGCGUUGCUGGAACAUGGUGCGAGCCCGGUCCAUCUCCACGACGAUUUCCAGGAGGUGGUCUUCCACGACAAACAGGACCUCCUCAGGGUUCUCCUAUCUGGCCACCACCUCCCCUGUCUGGCCUGCCGUUCAACUGGCCUUCGGAUCGCCGUUGAGAACCGCUCCGUCGAGGUCGUCCGUCUGCUCCUGGAGCAUUGGGCCGAUGUCAACUACGGCGACGCCGUUGCACUAACAAGGGCCGUCGAGAUAUCUCGCCCCGACCUUGUCGCCCUCCUUUUAUCCGGUGCGGUUCAGCCGUCCUCCCGCUCUCUCGAUGCUUCUGUGGGAAAACUCCGCCCAUUGCUCGCAGAGUACGAUACCGGCCUGAACCGUGAGAUGCUCGAGUUAUGCCUGGCUGCAGGCGCCACCGGACCUGAGACGAUCCGUUUGGUAACCGAAGGCCUGAUCGAGCUUGUAAGGCGACGGCGCAUUCACCUCAUUGGUAUUAUUCUGCGGUACAAAAAGUCACCAGGCCAGUACGAGGCGGCUGCUUUGAUCGAAGCGAUUCGCGCCGAGCAACUCGACGUUGUCGCCAAGCUACUCGAGUUCAAGCCAUCCUCAACGAGCCUCGCCAUUGCCAUCUCGCAAACCGUGGGUGUCGGCGGGCCGCAGUUCCGAUACGAAGCAACUCGCCUCCUCGUGGAGUCUGGCGCACAGGGCCCCUGUGCCGCUGAAGCACUCGUCAAGACUGUUCACUGCCUCGUUGCCAACAUGAAGCGCCGGGACAAGAUGGGAAUCGAGCGGGAUAUGCGGCUUUUCUACCUCUUGCUCCACGAAGGGAAGGCAGACGUCAACUUCGGGAAGGGGGAGGCUUUGCAGAUCGCUGUUCGGGCCGGUUCCGUGGAAGUUGCCGAGGAGAUUCUGGCCAAGGAGCCUUCGCCCGACUCACUGGGCACUGCGUUGGGAUGGGCCAUGGAUGUCCGAGAUGGGCAAAAGAAGCAGCUGCUGGUCGAAAUGCUUGUCCAUCGCCAAAUUAACGAGGAUGCGGCUGGAAAGGCCCUUGUGGCAAUUCUUAAAACGGAACCCGACCAAGCGGCAAUCGUGGAGCUACUCCUGACACGCGCAUCGGUAAAUUACAACAACGGCGAGGUCUUCAUUUAUGCCAUCCGGAAUUUCCGACAAGAAACAUUCCAUCUACUCCUCGGCCAAGGGCUGGGCUAUAAAGCUUUGUUCACCGCUGUCCUCGAGGCACUGAAAGCCCCGAGAGAAGAUCGCAGGCUCCUUUUCGGUGAUCUCCUUAGUCGGCUCCAGCUCGAUCACCUCAACACAGCGCUCAAGCACGUCGUGCUCGAAGAGGACACGGACCUAGACAUGGUCAGGUUACUCCUCGACGCGGGCGCGGAAGCGGCACUCGAGGAUGGAUUAUGCAUCAAGUACGCCGCGUCUACCCUCGACCAUGACCUGCUUAGCCUCUUGUCAGCAUAUCUGGGUCAUCACAGUACUAUCUAUGGACAAGCAUUGGCGGCCAUCGUCAGUCGCGGCAAGCACUGGAUCUCCUUCGAAAACGUCGAAGUGAUCGACAUUCUCCUCCAAAACGGCGCUUCAGGACCCAUCGCGGGCAAAGCAAUGGUGGAGAUUGUCGACCAUCUCGCUUGCCAGGAGUCCCAAGCCGAGCUAGCAGACACGUUCUUGCGUAGGAUGUUCGCUGCCAACGUCGACGUCAACUACGAGAACGGCAAGGCCAUCAGCAUUGCAGCCAGUCGAGGGGACCCCAUUCUCUUGAUGCUGUUACUAACCCAUGGCGCUACCCCUUCCUCCGCAACCCUUGCCCUUACAGCCUCCGUUAUGGCCCAUCACGAAGAGUCACUGUUAUUAAAAUUGAUCAGCACUUUUGCGAGCGUGCGCGCCACAGCCCCGGACUUCAACAAGUCUAUCCCGGGAAUGCCACCCCCGAUCUUUCAGUGCCUCAAGUCGUACGGCCACUCCGUACCCAUAUUGGAUAGCUUGGUUUCGGCCGGAUGCCGGCUGGAGACGACCGUCCCUAUGCAUGUUUUCUCUCAUCACGCUCGGGAUAGGGAAGACAGGGUGGUUAGUUCGGAGCUCGAGCCCGCAUCGGUCCUCAUGUGGGUUUUGCUUCAAGAGGAAGGCGUCGUUAGCCUGAAUGUCCUCAAAUCGUUGAUCCAUCACGGCGCUGAUAUCUCAUACACCACGCCGAGAUCACGAACCACGCCGCUUUUACUCGCCGUGAAAUCUGGCCGAGUUGACAUUGUGCGGAUGCUGAUAGAGUCGGGCGCGAGGGUGUCGGCCAAGGACGCUCUCGGUCACUCGGGGCUCUUCUAUGCCUCUCGAUCUGGGAAUGCUGACCUGGUGGAGCUUUUACUGGAGAGCAAGCCGGUUGUGAACGACGGAAGCUUCCACGAGGCCACCCGCGGGUUCCAUGUUCAGGUGAUGCAGCUUCUCCUUGAAGCUGGGCAUGAUUCGAACUUCAGGUCGAUCAAACACGGCGGCCGUACAGCCCUUGGAGAAAUCGCCUUGAAAGCCACUCCCCCGACCGACAUCGCCGCCGCGGAAGAAGCACUCGACCUUCUCUCUGCGGUAGAAGCCAGCCCUUUGCUCAAGGUCCACGGCAAAACGGUCAUUUUCCUCGCUCUCGAUAACGAGCACAACGAAUCCAUCACUCGACUUCUUCUUGAGCGGAUGCUCUACAAAACACUCAACAGCCACGAAAACACGUAUCAACAUGGCACUCUGCACUACUCACCCACAAUGUACGUGGCCAAGGGUAUUCUCCUCGGCACACCGUCCGAGACCCUCCUACAACUCCUCAGGGCCCACGGCUCGGAGGAUCGGUUUUACGCCACGAUUGAAGAAGCCCAACCCCACGACGCGGUCGGGCUCCCCGAGGAAAUCCGGGACUACGAACGUGACCGGCGUGCCCGCGAGCGCCAAAAGCGUUUAAUGGAGGAAGAUCAUGCCAACACGAUUCGGAGAGAGCGCGAAAAGGCCAUCGCCAUCGCACAGCUCGAAGAGGACAAACACCACCGCACCAUUCAGCAACAUGAAGAUAUUUCCCAUCAACGGCAGCGCCACCGCGGGUUAGAACACAACCAGACCAUCCAGAUGCGCGCCGAGAAGCAUCACAACGACUCCCAAAUUAAGCUCGGCGCUGCCAACGUGCAUUCGAGCAUCCGCUGGCAGAAGCACACCGACGACCUCUCGAUGCUCGCCCAGAAGCGCGAGGCGGACCUCUCCCACCGGUACCACUCACACCAUCAACGGCUCGACCAGCGCCGCGACAAGAUCACCCUUGAGAGCGAGGCGAAAGACCUCCGCCACGCCCGGAGCCUGGCGCACAUGCGCGAGGUGCAGCAGCAGAAGUUGCAAGGGCGCGAGGAGAAGAACGUGCAGCAGCUGACGUAUGAGAACCAGAAGAUGAUUCAGGAGUAUGAGUUGCUGCACAAGCGGAAACAGCUCGAGCGGGACGCCAAGCUGAGCGGGGCGCGGGAGAAGCAUGAGAUGAAGAUGACCGAGUUGAAGACGCAGAGGGGGAAUAUCAUUGGACAGGUGAAUCUCGACGAGUUGAGGCGGUGGCAGGAGAGUGAACAGAAGAUGAAACUGGGGCUGGCGCCAGGGGAGGGGCAGGGGCGGUUGCUGGCGUCGUAGAUUUACUGGAACUAGAGCCAUAUGGUCAUGACAUUUUGUCGUAUUUACGGGAUAGGCGUUUGGGGUUCACAGGAGGAGGGC